AUGAAACAAGAAGAAGUUAUAAAAACCAUCUGCAACAAGGAUGUUCAAUACCAACGAAAUAAAGGUGUUUUUCUAAUAACAACCGACAGUAACUGCAAAAUUCAAAUUCAAGACAGAAUCUUAGCAACUCAUCAGAGAUACAUCAACCUUAGAGAAACCAUACCAUUACCCCGAGCAUACCAAACACCAUACAUAGAUAAAGAAGAACUCUGCCUUCGUCUUAUCUGUAUGAACCCUGCGGUGGUGUUCGAAGCCCUGAAGCCAGCAAGGUCCAUCAUCAUAGCCUCAGGAACGCUGGCUCCUUUAAUUAGUAUGCAUUCGGAACUGGGCACGAAGUUCCCUUUAGAAGCUAAUCCCAGGCAUAUCAUAUCUAGCGAUCGGGUGUGGAUAGGUAGUUUAUCUACUUGCCCGGAUGGAUCACCGUUACAGUGCAUUUACAGUGAGUUGCAACAAGUACACAUACAAGACGCGCUCGGCAAAAUCGUGGUACAUGUGUGUAGCAUCACCCCCUCCGGAGUCCUAUGCUUCCUGCCGUCUUAUUGGGUUAUGAACAAACUAAUCACACGAUGGCAAGAUACCGGCAUUUGGAAUAAGUUGGAAUCCAUAAAAAAUGUGUUUCAGGAGGGCCGGAAUGUUCGAGAUCAUAACGACAUUAUGGAGGAUUAUUAUGAAUGUGCAGCAUCUUCGCGUGGCGCGUUGCUAUUUGCAGUGUAUCGAGGUAAAGUCUCCGAGGGUAUGGACUUCAAAGAUCAUCAAGCGAGAGCUGUCAUUGCUAUUGGUAUACCCUACCCAAACACUUUUGAAACGGCUGUGAAAGAAAAGAUGAAAUAUAAUGAUAAAUACCAGAAAGAAAGAAAUCUUCUUAAAGGUCGCGAGUGGCUGCAAGUGCAGGCCUUUAGGCCCCUGAACCAGGCGGUAGGCAGAUGCGUCAGACACCGUAUGGACUGGGGAGCAGUUUUACUCGUCGAUGGAAGGUUCCGGAACCCUCAGUACUCAGAUCAACUGUCAAAGUGGGUGCGCGAAUAUCUAAACAAAAACCACCACACCUUCGAGAGCCUGUUGAGCAGCGCCAAUAGUUUAGAGUCGUUCAUGCAACAUAUGAAGAUACAAGAAACCGAAGAUACGUGA